UUACCCUAGNAUAAAAAAAAAAAAAAAAGAAAGAAAAAAAGGGAAAGAAAAAACCCUCGACCUCGCCAUGGCUCCCUCCUCCUCCUCCGCUCUCCUCCUCGCCGUCGUGUUCGCGCUACUCGCGGCCUCCGCCAUGGCGAGGCCUGGGGUCGCCUUCCACCCCUGCAACACCAUCUUCAUCUCCUACACCUUCUCCUCCUCCUCCUCCUCCUCCUCCGGCGACGGCGACGGCGAUGGUGUCGUACUCCGCCGCCCCGCCACCUCCAUCACCAUCUACCGCGUCCUUACCCCCUUCCGCACCCUGCGCCCCCUCCGCCCCUCCGCCUUCGCCUCCUUACCCGCCGAGCCGGUCGAGAUCCGCCGCCCCCAUCGCGUCGCCUCCGCCGCCGCAGCAGAGUUCGGGGUGAGCUCCCUCAAGGAUCGCGCCAAGGACAUCCUCGUCGUCGUCGUCGGCCUCCUCUUCGGCGUCGGGUGCGGCGCCCUCACCGCCGCCACCAUGUACCUCGCCUGGUCCGUCGUCACCAACCGCUACGAGAUCUGCGGAUCCGAGGGCUACGAUGAGGAGGAAGACGACUACGCCCUCGAGAACCCUAAAAAGGCGGGGUACGUCAAGAUCCCAGCCGCCGACCUCGCUCCUGCGAAAGAAGGGUAUGAGAAGAAUUAGGGUUGGGGUUUCAUUGUGAAUUCCAAGGAAACUUGGUGGUGCGAUGCUUUAUAUAUGAUAUUGCCCUAAUUUUAUAUUUAUAGCGUAUAAUGUAUGUUCUGCCUUAGCUGAUAAUUUAUGUGGCUACGUGCUUUGCGUUCACUCGAUGACUCAAAACUUCGACUUCUCUUAGUACACUUAUGGAAUAUCUAGAGAAUAAUGCGUUAGUGUGAUUUUUAUUCCUCUUCGGUUAAUGUUUGCUAAUUUUGGAGAUUA